AUGUUUUGGUCCUCAAGACCAGUCUUCGCUUUAGUCGGAGUGCCUCUGCGGUCUUUUUCAGGCGUCUCCCCUAUGCUUGCCUGCCGUUCCAACCAGAACGAAGAGGCUCUCCGCAGCCCAAAUUCCAACCACCACAAGUCCAAUAACACACUCACUGCCCCUGCCAAAUCCAGAAUUCCGUCAGUCUGGCAACACACUUUCUGGGCCUGUCGAUCUACUUGGAGGAGGGCGGGGAUCAAUACAUUACGCUGCCUUGUUGGCUGCACACUGGGGGACUUUACGGCACUAUGGACCCUCCAAACUUACUACCCAGAGCUUGGAAUGGGCACUAUUAUGGGUGCAUCGAUGGCAUGCGGAAUUACGACGUCCAUCAUUCUCGAAACGAUUCUUCUCCGCCGUGGAGUCGACAAGCUUUCGUGGCCGAUGGCAGCCCGGACUGCGACCGGUAUGAGUAUGGUUUCGAUGGUAGCGAUGGAGGCUGCCGAAAAUACAGUUGACUAUCAUCUUACCGGAGGAGUAGUGGCUCUUGAGGACCCACAAUUUUGGCUAGCAGCAGUGCUGUCGGUCACAGCCGGAUAUUUCGCCCCGCUGCCCUAUAACUAUCUCCGAUUACGAAAGUAUGGGAAGUCUUGCCACUGA